AUGACCUCUUCCCUCCCGGGCAACCGCGAGCUGCCCGCGUCACAGUACAAUCUCAGCACAUACUGGGGCCGCGUGCGGCAUUCAGCAGAUCUUUCAGACCCGAGAACACUUUUCACAUCUCAAGCCGCCCUUGAACAUGCAAAACAGCUCGUUUCAAGCUACAAGCAGGGCAAGAUUAAGGACAUAACGCCUGAGUUAUGGAAGGCGAAGAAGAUUAUCGACUCUACGCUGCAUCCCGACACCGGCGAACCCGUCUUCCUCCCCUUCCGCAUGUCCAGCUUCGUCCUCUGCAACCUCGUCGUAACAGCCGGCAUGCUAACCCCCGGUCUCGGAACCCUCGGCACACUCGGCUGGCAAAUAACGAACCAAUCCCUCAACGUCUGCAUCAACAGCGCCAACGCCAACAAGUCCUCCCCCCUCAGCACCUCGACGCUAAUUCAAUCCUACCUGCUCGCAGUCGGCGCAUCGUGCUCCGUCGCGCUGGGCCUGAACGCGCUAGUGCCGCGGCUCAAGCGACUCAGUCCCGCCGCGCGCACGACGCUGGGCCGGCUGGUGCCGUUCGCGGCGGUCGCGAGCGCGGGCGCGCUGAACGUGUUUCUGAUGCGCGGGGAGGAGAUGAGGAGGGGGAUUGAUGUGUUUCCCGCUGCAGCCGGCGACAGCGGAAUCGAAGCAAAUACGCCUCCCAGCGCCCCGCCCAGCCUCGGGAAGUCCAAAAUCGCUGCCCGCCUCGCUGUCUCGGAGACGGCGCUCUCUCGCGUCAUGAAUGCUACGCCUAUCAUGGUGCUCCCGCCGCUCAUCCUCGUGCGGCUGCAGCGCACGGAGUGGUUGCGCCAGCGGCCCAGGAUGGUGCUGCCGGUUAACCUGGGUCUGAUCUUGGCGACGAGCAUAUUUGCGCUGCCGCUCGCGCUGGGUGUGUUUCCGCAGCGACAGGCUAUCAGUGCGAAGAAGCUGGAGGAGGAGUUCUGGGAUAAGGGGGGCGAGGGGGGGAUGGUAGAGUUCAAUCGGGGGAUUUGA